UCUCCUCCCACCCUCUCCCUCCCUCCCUGGGAAAACAGCCCGAACCAGUUAACCAGAGUGUUUAGCCGGAAUAAUCAGAUGUUGUGUUCACCUUGUGACUGCGUGUAGUCCCUCCCCUGUAGGCAGCGUGUUGCUUCGCCCUCUCCUCUAGACGCUGUUUCGCAGUCCGCCGGCCGCAGUAGUCAUGGCUGAUACUGACGGUGUGGAUGAGCGGUCGCCUCUGCUCUUUGCAAACAACUCUGGCAACACCACUCCUACAACGCCUCUGUACGUCGAGGAGCCCAGUCCCCGGGGAGAACUUCCACCUCCUUACAGUCCAGUGGCCAGUCCGGAUGUUGGAGGAGUCCCAGUAAUAAACUGCCGUGUUUGCCAGUCCCUGAUCAAUUUGGAGAGCAAGCUUCAUCAGCAUGUCGUUAAAUGCACAGUUUGUAAUGAAGCCACGCCAAUCAAAAACCCUCCUGCUGGAAAGAAGUAUGUACGAUGUCCUUGUAAUUGCCUGCUCAUCUGUAAGGACACAUCACGGCGCAUUGAAUGUCCAAGGCCUAACUGCAGACGGAUAAUAAAUUUGGGCCCAGUGAUGCUGAUCCCAGAGGAACAGCCGGCUCAGCCUGCCAUGCCAGUACAACCUGAAGGUACCCGUGUAGUAUGUGGGCAUUGUGGCAACACCUUUCUGUGGAUGGAAGUUAGAUUCAACACACUGGCAAAAUGCCCACACUGCAAAAGAAUAUCAUCUGUUGGCAGUGCAUUGCCGCGGAGGCGUUGCUGUGCGUAUGUUACUGUUGGAAUGAUAUGUGUUUUCAUUGGAGUUGGUUUAACUGUUGGGACCCAAGAAUUUGCGAGACGUUACCCAGCAACAUAUGUUUCCUGGGUUUUUGCCUAUCUCAUAGGCCUAAUCUGCCUAAUCCGAGCUUGUUAUUGGGGAGCAAUAAAAGUUAGCUAUCCCGAGCACACCUUUGCAUAGACUGAUCAGUUAUCCAGCACAGAACAUCCGAUGAUCUACAAAUCUUUCAGAAUAAAAGACAUUCUCAUGUUAAUACAAAUCAACUUUAUAGACUGGUUAGGUCCAAGGAGGAUAAUGAUGUCAGAAUGUGCAUAUUGCACAAUGGUUUCAGCAAGCGUACAUGUUUUUGUUGCUGAUAAAUUGCCAUAUGCUUAAGACAAAUGUUGCAUAUAUGUUACUUGGAAUGUAUCCCAGUUUUGUUUUGGUUAAACUGUGUCAUACAAUCUCUACAGUAUGCUUUUUCUGGCAGCCAAAACGAAGGAAUGUGAUGCAACAAAUUGCAAGCUUCACACAUGCACCAUUGAAAUUUCUCUGUCCAGGCCUGAUGUUUUCAAAUUACUCCUGUGAAAUUAAACAAAAAAUGCAUAAUAGUUGAGCAAUAAAACCAAGUUCUGUAUGUUA